UAUUUGUCUAUGGAUUAUUGAGGUUUUGUGAAAGCGCGUCUUGCUGAAACCAAUACAAAAUAAUAAUUUUGUUGUAACUUUGCCGUGAAUAAAUUUUCAGACUAAAACGAUGGCAGACAAAUUAACCCUAGAUAGACAUGCCAUGAAAGACCGGGCAACGUCCCAUCUUCGUAUUUACGUCGGCGGUUUACAAGACAGUGCUUCAGUGGACGAGUUAUACAACCAUUUCAUACAAUAUGGGGAAAUACAUGGCAUUGUCAUUAAUAGGAACUUUGGAUUCGUCCAGUUUGCUGAAGAAUCGAGUGCUCAGGAAGCUAUUGUCAAAGCGAAUGGGACUAUGUUCCAAGGAAAGAGUCUCAGUGUAAAAACUGCACAAACAAACAUUGGUGUUAUAGAUAAGAGGCAUGUGGAUCCAGCAGCAUCUGACAUGCCACCAGCAGUGGCUCACAAUGAUAAGGGGGCUGAUGAUGGUAAUGAAGAGCUUUAUGACAAUUUCGGAAAUUAUAUUGGAGAUCAGAGUUACAGAGAUGAAGAAUUUGAUGAAGGUUACCCGGGUAAACCUGGAUGGGAAGGGCGGGGAGGAAUGCGCGGGCGAGGAAUCCCGAGAGGGCGUGGACGUGGCCGUGGCCGUGGAGCUCCCCCCGGCUUCAGGGAGCGCUCCCCUGUAUCAGGUAGAGUUGGUGAAUGGAAAGAGCGCAGUUACGACCGCUAUCAACAAAUGUCAGAAUAUCCUAGAGCGCUACCUGUCACGGAGAGAAAUGAUUGUGAAAUUAUUGUCGUCUCUAAAUCUCUUACCGAAUAUGCAGAAUACAUUGAAGGUCGACUCAAAAGGCUAGGCAUUGUGGUUGAUCUUCUGUUUCCCAUGGAAGAUGUACCGAUUGGCAAAGUCCUUGGUAAUAUCGCAUCUCGCGGCUGUCUUUACGCAAUAUUAGUGAUGCCACAAAAUCAGGAGCAUAGGUCCUUAACACUUACAAUACUUCAUGGACUGCCUCAAGAACAUCGGAAUAUGCCACUGGAAGAUGCCCUUCAGUUGUUAUCCCGCAACUUCCAAGAGGUCCAACGAGGUGGUCCCUCUGGUAGGGAGGCAGUGUACGCGUUACUCGGCCAGCUUGCUGACGGACGCACCCUCACGGUCCUUCAGUACGAUAAAGUCAUAGAGUACUUACAGGAACGGAGAGAGCAACAAGUGAAAAUAGAGCUUGGGGAGCCAUUGAAUCCGGCCCCUAGCAACAAAACACAAGUAGAUCUUCAACAGAGAAUUCUUAAUAUAUUAAAUGAUAAGAAAGUGAUACCGCCGUCGGUGGAACAGCCGCCGCCCGCGGCCCCGACGCCGCCGGCCCCCGCGCCACCCACUACACAGAACAAACUGCUGAGUGACCCCACUGUUAGAAAAGCACUAGAUUCAAUAUUACAAAAGUUUGCAUAGACAUUGUGACUAUAUUCAUUGUGUUUCAAGAAUUUAAACUGUGCAGUUUGUGACUAGUUCGUGAGUCUGUGCCUGGUUUAGAAAAAAUGUGUAAUUAAGAAGAUUGAUGAACAGAAAACGAUACUUCCAGUGUACUACUACAAUUAAGCAGAUAAGAUUAUUUACUGUUACAUAGAGUUAAUUAAAUAUAAAGUGAAACAAUAGGUGGCAAGCCCAAUACAGUACAGUAAACAUGCAUUUAUUUUUCAUAAUAUCUCUAAUCUCUAUAAUUAUAAAAAGUAUGUUGUGAUGUUUGAUAUUGUGGGUCAACAUUUUAUUUAUACAUUGUUUUUCUGUAACUGUAUGGUUUUAUCAAAGUUUACUGUAUUGGAAGUGGCGCGAAAUGCUACUUCCCUCAGUAGAUGCGAUUGACACAAUGUUAUUUUUUAGCAUUUACUGACAAUAAAACACGACCGCAAGUUA